AUGGUCAUCAUUAGCAUUGUUAAUUUCACCCACUUCUACUUCUACUUUUACUUCUACUUCUACUUCUACUUCUACUUUUACUUCUACUUCUACUUCUACUUCUACUUCUACUUCUACUUCUACUUCUACUUCUACUUCUACUUCUACUUCUACUUCUACUUCUACUUCUACUUCUACUGCUCUAUCCCAUCCUUCCACCCCUCACCUUUCUCCUCUGUUUUCUCCUUCGUCCGCGUCGUCAGAUUAUCCAUCUCCAUUCUCUUCUCCAUUCUUCUUUCUUCUCUGUAUUUUCCCAUCCUCAGAUCUUUUUGUCUUGAUGCAUGCCCUUCUUAUUCUUGCUUUCAGAGAGUGCAACUUGACUGUUGA